CGGGAAUAAUUUAGAGCAAACAUAAAGCAAAUAUAUUUUGUUAUAAAGUAUUCAUUCCCAGUUUGUACCAAUAGUUCCAUCGAAACUUGAUAGCGAUGUUAAUUCAAUUAUUUUUCCUUUGUUGAUAAUUAGAUAAAAGAAUCCCCUGCCGAAGGUUGUACAUCGUAGUGUAUAGUGCGGGUCCCGGUCCCGUUUGGAAGCACACAUUCAUUAACUGGUCCUCGAAAGUGGUAGUUCUAUAGUUGGUCGCGAUCUCUUGACACUUCCGCUAUUAAAAGCACGCGCUGCAUAAAAUGGCGAAUAUGGCAGUGUCUCGUAUCAAACGGGAGUUUAAGGAAGUGCUGAAAAGUGAGGAGAUAGUACAAUGCUCGAUAAAGCUGGACAUGGUUAAUGACAAUUUCACGGAACUUCGUGGUGAAAUUGCCGGUCCACCGGAUACGCCUUACGAAGGAGGAAAAUUUGUGCUAGAAAUAAAGGUUCCUGAAACAUACCCGUUCAAUCCUCCCAAGGUAAAAUUCUUGACCAAAAUUUGGCAUCCCAACAUUUCUUCCGUCACUGGCGCUAUCUGUCUGGAUAUACUAAAGGAUAACUGGGCGGCAGCGAUGACCCUACGAACGGUGCUAUUAUCAUUGCAGGCACUUCUGGCAGCGGCCGAACCUGACGAUCCACAAGAUGCAGUCGUUGCGACGCAGUACAAAGAAAGCCACGAAAUGUUCAUCCUCACAGCGAAACAUUGGACGAACGUUUACGCUGGCGGUCCGUUCGCGAACCCCGAUUUUGAUCAAAAGGUGCAGCGGUUACGUGACAUGGGUAUUCCAGAGUACGAUGCUCGAGCUGCUCUUUCUCGCCAUAAUUGGCACCUGGAACGAGCAUCGGAGCAACUCUUCAGUUAGUUUGGGCACUUUGUGCGAGGCAUUUAGUUCUGUACCGCACAUUUCCGUACCUUCCUACCAUAACUACCUUAUAUAAAUUGGCACUUUGACCGAGAGUUUCUAUACCAUACAUUGUAAAUUUGUGCGAUUCUGUUCGACCACUUUCAUAAUAAGUUUUACAUAGUUUUCAAUUUUCGCCCAGAAAAUGUAUUGUUUGUCACAUACAUAUACGCGAUUUAUGUGCAUAGUCAUUGGAAUAAAAAAAAAAUUGGUUAAUCUAACGCUCAUGUUAGAAAAAACGAUACUUUUCUUUUUCGCUCACGCUUUUAAAAAUAAGUUAUUGGAAAAUUCGUUAUGUUCAUAUUUGCUUCGUCCUCCUUAAAGCAGUUCCUCGACGUGUCUGUGCACAAAAUGCGGUACUUGCGGUAGUGCUUAUUGCUAUAGCUCUUAUACACAUUUUGAUACUAUUUGAAUGUCUGCCAUAGAAUGCAUACGAAUAGAUCAUGAAAGGUUUGGUGCUGGUCACAAAAUAUCUUAGAAAACACUGAACAUAGCAAUUCGCAUGCGAAGUUCGGAGGAAAAUAUAUUCGAGAUGUGCCCUUUUAGAAGGAACACCAGUUUUUUUUUUAUAAUUCGUAUUGACAAUUGUAGAGCAAUCAUGUCUAGGAGAAGCAGUUGGAAAUUUUAGUCGGAAGAAUGUGAUAACAUAAGUUAAAGACAAAAAAUGAAUUCAUAUUACACAAACGCACGUACGCAUGAUACAAUAGAGGUGAGGCAUUACUUGGUGCGUGUUGAUGGAACGGCAAUAGAUGUGGUGUAUUGAGAAUAACAUUAAUAAUAAAAUGUCAUAACUACACUAUCA